AUGACAUCAGGAUCGGAGCUGCUGUUCUUCAGUCUGUUUCCAGCUCAGCUUCACCAUGUCGUCAAGAGCUCACCUACGUUUAUUUUUUGCCAUCCUAGGUACGUUGCUACUCGGGGGCGAGACCCCCUCCCCCCACAGCGGUCUUGUCCCCGCGGCAGCCCCGGCUGGUCUCUGCUCCACCGCCUCUCUACCCGAGCCUGGUCCGCCCCUUUCCCUCUUCCAUCUCCAUCGGGACGAACUGACACCCCUCCUCUUGACCCAAUUUGCGCCCCUCCCUGGCGGGUCACGCUACCUGGCUGCCUGCACGUCUAUGGUGACAGGGUGGAGCACUUCAGGGUCCUGGAGGACGGUGGUCAGUAUUACAUCUGGGAUAAGGCAUUCUGCUCCCUCAACCGCCUAGUGGAGUUCUACAGAGCACACAGCAUUGCCAUGGAGAAAGUGGUCCACCUCAGGGAUUACCCCUCCUCCCUUCACUUGAACUCACAUCUUGGACGCAACCCCUACCCCAACCCAUAUAACAGCAACUCGCUGGAGUCCAUUCACUCAGCCCACUGCCACCCUAACCCGUCUCCCAGAGACUGGCAGACCUCUGCACAUUCACUCAAACCAGUUUUAGAGCAGAAGCCUCAGGUGGCCCGUGCUCUCUGUGACUACACCCCCUCCCAGACCACCCACCUCCACUUCCAGCGCGAUGAAAUCAUUGACCUGCUGGAUUGUUCCAGCUCCCUCAGCUGGAGGGGACGCUGCCGCGGCAGAGUGGGCAUCUUCCCUCCAGAGUUUGUCCAACCACUGCUCCAUUAACUCCAUAUCAGAUAUGUGGUGUCUAUGAUGUUUAUGCUUCUGAUGCUUCUCAGUCAGGAUCGGUGGUGGUUCUUGCAUGAAUAAUAAAUUGGGCAGCCCCCUUCCUGCUAUCCCUCAACCAGUGAAAAUGCAUUUCUGGGACAAGAUCAAACGCAUUACAGUACCACACAAGGUAUGUAAGAUAGUCUUCCUUUGCACAGCAGCAAACACAUAAAUGCAAAUAGAAUCUUUGUCCAAAGUGCUUGGACAGAUUUGUUUUUUAAUCUGGUGCUUGUGGUUUCUCUUUCUACUGCUGCCCUGGGCCACUGCCCUAUGGCCCAGAUCAAAAAGCACCACUGGUCAGGAUAUACCCCACUGUCAACUGUUACACCUACAUUAACUUGACUCCAUUUCUUUGAAAGUGCAGGAUGAAAACCUUUACAUUUAUAUAUAUAUAUAUAUAUAUAUAUAUAUCUUUUCACAUAUUUAUUACAUAUUUAAAACACUGUU